AUGCAGUCCUUCUACACGCCCGCGACCUCAACGCAUACCAUCUCCUCCCAUGCUCCAGCCGCAGUCGAUGAGCUGAUCAGCAAAUACUCCUCCACCAUGUCCACCGCGACAUCGUUUGGAAAUCACACCCUGCCAAAGACGCGGCGGAAUGUCUUACAACGGGCCACAGACCGCGUCCGGCUGGAGUACUACCGGUAUGAAGUUACGUUUGGCCUCUACGUCAUGACUCCCGGCGAGAAACUGGUCGCAAACACGUUUGUGCUUGUGGUCCUCGCGCUUCUCUUCUGGGCUUCACUCGUCUACUUCCCGGCGUUGCUCUACCACAAGCUCUCUCGUCUAGUGUGGCUUUUGACUGGCCAAAGCAGCGAGGAAGUUGGAGUUGCAUUCGGCAUUUUGGAUACACACGGCGGCUCGAUACCACCUUUCGCCGACUCAACGGUGCCAUGA